GUAGGUUUAUCUAAGGCCUGUUACUGGAGUUCUGAUAAUUGUGAAGAAUCAAAAACCAUAGCUAGUUUGAUAAGAUCAGAUAUCAUGAUGUUCAAGCACUUGUCCUACUUCUCAGUGAUCCUCUCGGCCCUCAGAGUUGCCAAUGCCGCACCAGCUGCAACGCUCUCGACAAAUCCACGAGGAGGUAGUGGUCUAGUUGGAUACUCGCCAACAAAUACCAUCUCCAACGAGAAUACAGAGACUAUAUCGUAUCAAUUUGCGCCGGGCCAGACGCAGGAUGCAGAUAUUGGUGCUUACCUUGACUUCUCAGCCGUGGCUAAUCCACAACCAAUACGGGGAGAACUAGGUGGAACAGACCCUGGGCCACGUAACCUGAAUUAUGCUAAAAUAAACCCCGACAAAUUGGCUCCUCCUGGAACUGAUAGUGGUGCAACGAUCAAUGCACAAUGGCCACUAGGUUUAAGCUCCGUCAAACUAGGAAAAGACCAUGCUGGCUGGUCCCGACAGGAGAAUAUUCAGGUCAUGCCUGCAGCUACUCAGAUGGCUGGUGUGGAUAUGCGACUUGAAGCUGGUGGAUACCGAGAACUUCACUGGCACGUUGCCGCCGAAUGGUCUAUUGUUCUGAAUGGAUCCUGCCGAAUUCAGGGCGUUAAUGACGACGGCCAGACAUUCAUUGAUGAUGUUGGUAAAGGCGACGUUUGGUUCUUCCCUCCCGGUAUUCCACACAGUAUUCAGGCAUUAGAUGACGGCGUCGAGUUCAUGCUAGUCUUCGAUGACGGACAUUUCUCGGAAGACAAUACUUUCCUUGCAUCUGAAAUCUUCGCUCACAAUCCGAAAGAAGUUUUAUCCAAGAAUCUUGGGGUCCCUGUCUCAGCAUUCCAAACACUCCCAUCUCCUAACCUUUUCAUCUUUCCCGGUACUCCAGCACCCAAGGAUAUCGAACAGCAAAACGUGACUGGCUCCGCCGGCACCGUUCCCAAGGCCGUGAGCUACUCUUACCAUUUCUCGGAACAGCCUGCAGAGGAACUCGAGGGUGGAAGCGUUAAGAUCGUGGAUCCAUUAUCAUUUCCUAUCGCCAAAGACUUUUCGGCUGCUUUGGUUACUGUCAAGCCCGGCGGCCUGCGUGAAAUUCACUGGCAUCCAACUAGUGACGAAUGGACUUUUUUCAUACAGGGUCAAGGUCGUGCCACGCUAUUUACGCCGCCAAGUGAUGCGACUACUUUUGACUUCAUGGCCGGUGAUGUUGGGUACUUUCCCAAGUCGAAUAGCCAUUACGUUGAAAAUACGGGUAAUGAGGAUCUUGUUUUCUUGGAGGUUCUUCAGGCCGAUCACUUCUCUGAUGUCUCUCUCGCUCAAUGGGUCGGUUCAACCUCGAAGCAAAUUGUUCAGGAUACACUGAAGCUCUCGAACGAAACUUUGAGCCAGCUUUCGACUGAGAAGAAGACCGUCGUCUUGUAGAUUUGUCUUCUGAUGAAUGAAGGAGCACUGCCUUUUUUUUGUGCCUUACUACACUCUUUUGGUGCAUAUAUCCGUGGGCCAGAAUUAAUGACCCAAACUUCUUUUCCAUUCUUUUACCACCAAUUUGAUGAUAAAGAGAAAUUAUUUAUAAGUGCCCUGUGUAAUAUAGGGUGAAAUCCAAAUAUGAAACACGUUUAACUUGGACUACAUAGGGACGUCUCGAAUGCUAACAAACUAAGUUAACUAUCU